AUGUUUGACUUUUCAAAGCUCAAGGGAGAUGUCGUGUUCGUAUCGAAUGUUGCUUCAUCUGACGACUACACCGAGCCGAUGUACAAGAUGAUGGCGGGUUUGCUUGACAAGUACGGUGAAUCAGGGUUUCAUGUUCUCGCCUUUCCGAGCAAUUGGUUUGGUCAAAAGGAGUGGGGCAAGGCUGAGGAGAUCAAGAACUAUGUGCACACGACGUACUCGGACAAGAUCAAGCUUUUCGCAUUGACGGACGUUGAAUGGAAUCAAGUGUUUGCGUUGGGUUGCAAGCACUAUCCGGGGGAGAUCAUUUGGAACUUCCACGGACAAUUCCUAUUCAAUAGGGAUGGGAUACCAGUGGCGCGCUUUGAUCUACUCUCCACUGAGGAGUACGUUACGAGUCGUGUGGGACAGGAAGUGCUCUUUGGAGGCGGGACGGAUCCGCUUCUUGAAUUUCCAGAACCGGGGCAAGAAGCCGAGACUGAGGUAGGAGCUGCAUGA